AAAUAGUAAUUAAAACUGAGUACUUAGUGCUUGUGGCUGAAUUUGUGGGAGGGCUGACAGUUUUGGGGGUGCAUUGUUGAGUGUUGCCCAGUUGAGUUGCUGAAGGUUAGGUGAUAUUUUGCUGACUGCAGUAGGGGCGGUGCAAGCUCUCAAUGCUCAGCAAUAAAAGCAGCAACAGGAAACGCUGAGUAGCCGGUUGUGGGGAGAGACCAGCGGAGGAGCGAUGCCGAGGAGUGGGGCUCGGUGCCGUGCAGCCUGACUCGCUCGGAUUUUAAAAAUUAUUUUAAUUGGACCGAAUGGCUUGUCGUAUUCUGCAGCCUGGCCGGGCCGGCCUCGCCAGAUGCUGUUUGCAGGCGGUCGCCAGAACCUUGUUGCUGAGCCGGGCCCGCUGCUGCUCGGGGCGCGCGGCCCGGGGAUCCGGACCUGAACCCGGCGGCGGUGACCAUGGCAACAGGGCCCAGGCGGCGCGUGAGCGAAGGAGCAGCUCCGGGAUCGCGGCGGCCCAGAGUCCUGGGACCGGCACCGGCACCGAGCCCCAGCUACAGCAGCCAGACGCUGGGCGGGAGAGUGAGCGGAGCCGGGCCGCCGCGGUAGACGCCAGGAGGCUGCUAACUCUGGCCUAUCCAGAGCGGUGGCCGCUCUCAGCUGCUGUGGGCUUCUUGGGUGUGUCCAGCUUGGUGACCAUGUCUGCGCCGUUCUUUCUGGGAAAGGUUAUCGAUACCAUUUACAUGAAUCCCGCAGGAGGAGAUGUGCCAGGGAGCCUGACCUCACUCUGUGCCAUAUUGAGUGGUGUUUUUAUAUGUGGAGCUGCUGCCAAUGCUGCCCGUGUCUACCUCAUGCAGAUAUCAGGGCAGCGGAUUGUCAGACAUUUGAGGGCAAGAUUAUUUUCUUCGAUUCUGUGCCAGGAGAUUGGGUUUUUUGAUAAGACCAGAACAGGAGAGCUGAUAAACCGACUCUCAUCUGAUGCUGACCUGCUUGGGCGCUCAGUGACCGAGAACCUGUCUGAUGGGCUAAGAGCUAUUGGCCAGGCAGCAGCUGGUGUUGGCAUGAUGCUUUACGUGUCACCUCAGCUGGCUAUGUUUGUCCUGGGCAUUGUUCCUCCACUUGCUGUCCUUGCAGUGUUUUAUGGUAGAUACAUUCGCAGACUUACAGGAGUGACCCAAGAUUCACUGGCUGCUGCAACACAGCUUGCUGAAGAGCGCAUUGGAAACAUAAGGACAGUCCGUGCUUUUGCCAAGGAAGACUCUGAACUGAGAACAUACACUGAGAAGAUCAGCCAAGUGCUGCAGCUUGCCAGGAAAGAAGCAGUGGCCCGGGCAGGAUUUUACGGGGCAGCCGGUCUGACUGGAAACUUGAUUGUUCUGUCUGUCCUCUACAAGGGAGGCCUGAUGAUGGGUGAGGCCUACAUGACAGUGGGAGAACUCACCUCUUUUAUGAUGUAUGCCUUCUGGGUAGGAAUAAGUAUUGGAGGCCUCGGCUCUUUCUACUCUGCAUUAAUGAAGGGUCUCGGAGCAGGAGGGCGAUUAUGGGAACUGUAUGAGAGGAAACCAGAGAUGGCAUUGAACGAAGGUGUGGUUUUGCAGCCUGAUCAGUUUCUGGGAGCCAUCGAGUUCAGCGGAGUCAAGUUUGCCUAUCCAACCCGGGAAACGCUGGUGUUCAACGGGCUUGACCUGUCUAUCCCAGCAGGCUCAGUGAUGGCUGUAGUCGGACCCAGUGGUUCAGGAAAAUCAACACUAGUAUCGUUGUUACUCAGGCUGUACGACCCUGUUUCGGGCACUGUCGCUGUUGAUGGCCAUGAUGUGCGGAGCCUCAAUCCAAACUGGUUGCGGAAGAGCAUGGGCAUUGUGAAUCAGGAGCCAGUUCUGUUCUCCUGCUCAAUUGCAGAGAAUAUUGCAUAUGGCACAGCACAACCCUCCCAGCUGACAAUGGAAGACAUUGAAAAGGCUGCUAAGAUCGCCAACGCCUAUGAUUUCAUUCGCAGCUUUCCCAAGGGCUUCCAAACAGUGGUUGGGGAGAAAGGCAUCUUACUCUCAGGUGGUCAGAAGCAGAGGGUUGCUAUUGCUCGAGGUCUGCUCAAGAAUCCUAAAAUCCUACUGUUGGACGAAGCCACCAGUGCACUGGAUUCAGAGAACGAGUAUCUGGUGCAGGAAGCUUUGGACCGAUUGAUGCAAGGAAGGACAGUGCUGAUCAUUGCCCAUCGCUUGUCAACUAUUCAGAAUGCUGAUGCUGUUGCUGUCCUUGACCAGGGUAGGAUAGUUGAGUGUGGCACCCACCUGCAACUCCUUGCAAAUUCUGAGGGAUUAUUUCGAAAACUUAUGGAUAAACAGACAUUUUUACAAGACAGUCAAAGACUUGAAAGUUUAAAAUGUGCCUAAACUUUACCCCUCCGGAAAAAAAAAACUACAUCAAGACCAAGACAGACAAGAAAUGCCUUGGGUUCUGAUUGACUGACUGCAGAACUGAUUGUUAAGUAGAUUUUAAGCCUGCAAUUCUGCACAGAGGGUUCAGGACCUCAGCUGUAGCACUGAAGUAGAUGGUGAAAGGUAUCAGAUGUGUGCUAGUAUGAAUGAGGAUGCCCAGUUCAACCUGGAUCACAAUCCAUACAUCUGAUUGGAUCAGCACCUCCGUGGCCUUGGAUCCCUUGACACAUCUUCAGUUUGAGCUCUCGCAUGAGGAAAGGUCAAGAGCGACUCUGGGAGAGCAAGGAAACAAACUUUUCAAUGGCCAAAGUUUCUCUCCUCCACACAGUUUUAAAAACCUUCUAAUAUAAUUUUGAGAGCUGUCUUAAAGGACAGGGGGAGCCUCACAUUUGUUAAGUAACUUUCCCCACAUGAUACAAAAGAUACCAAAUUCCUUUGUGACAAUGAAGUAAAACAUUUGAACUGGUUGGUGAAAUUUACUACUGUACAGUCUGUGUAUUUUGUGAAACUAAGAAGUAUAGCAAAAUGUGUACAAUUGAUAGAGAUGUUUAACUAAAUAAUCAAUCGUGGGUGUUUAUAAAUCGAUUUUAAAUCGCUUCAGAGAUACUUGAUCCUUAGAUCCAUGGUAUCAUUUUUUACAGCAAAUUAAAAAUAUGACCAAUUUAUAACCCA